AUGUCGUACAACCACUAUAUCGUGCAGCCAUUGAACACCAAUAUCGAUAUCCUAGAGUCUAGCAUAGUGGUGUGUGAGCGCGAUCAAGGAUUCACAGAGAAAGUGAUGGCCUUAAGGUCCACCAUCAUUGAGCUAAGGAAGGAUGUGGACAACCUGAAGUCCACUGAUAUUCCUGCGAUAUAUGGAAUAGUGGAAAUUCCAUAUACACAUGAGAGGCCUAGAAACAUUACAAGACAUGUAGAUGAGAUGGAGCAUACACGUUAUCUAGAGCUGAAAUCAGAAACUAAUGAUGAGAUACUAAAAGAAGUUGACGAAGCUCUGGAGGAAUACAAGAAUUAUAUUGAAGAAGUUAUGCUCUGA